AUGGACCACGAACUCGAAAAGGGUCUUUGCCAUGACCUUGAGGCUCAGGCUCCUGAAAUCCGGCAGCGUCAGCGGAGCUCGCCUUUCUUGACUUUAGGGGAAGCGACUACCCGGCGGCAAGCUAUAGUAGCGUAUAUUUGUGCUUUAUCUGUGAUGAUUGGGUUCGGUAGCCUCAUGACUUACUCUAUCAUGCGGCAGGUCUAUGGCGAGAGAGAGGCCUGGCUCCGGGAGGAGUGUGGCCAAGGCCAUGAGCAUCUGCACGCGCGCUGGGGCGGGUUUGCCGAGCGGCCCAUGGACAACCAGUGCUAUCAGCAAGAACGCACGGCGAUACUGCUGUCGGCGUACCUAGGAUGGCUCGGCGUGGACCAAUGGUACGCGCACCAUUGGGCGCUUGCGGUCUUCGAGAUGUUGGCGUGGCUACUACUCUUGAUUUGCCGAGCUGCAUCUAAAGCCUUCGAGCAUUCUUUCCUUCUUCAAGCUUUGCUCGCCGUUUUCAUUGCAGCCAUCCCAUUCUGGUGGAUGGCCGACUUCAUUAUGUGGACGGUCGGGGGCGUCUAUGGCACGCCUGGUUGCCCCGGUGGUAGCGGAUCGUGGAGAUACUAA